UACUUGAAUAACCAGUUUGUGUAUUUACGUUCUGAGUCGCCAGCAUUGAUUUCAUUUUAAUUUAGAACACUUAAAUUUAAUUUUAUUAGUGGAAUAAGAAGUAGCCUAUAUUUUGGGUAUGUCAGCUUCUGUGUUACAGUGAGUCAUGUUAUUUGAUUCAUAGGCUAUAUAUGAAAAUACCUGUUCGAUCUGCACCACUCCCACCCAGCAGCAAUCAAAAUAUGAGCCUGCAUCAUAACACUUGUGCCUUUGAUGAUUGGUGUGACUGCAAUGAUCCAUUAUGUAAGCACAUCUUCUCAAAUGGGCCUUUGUCUGUACAUGUGGGUCGACCACCUGGAGAAAAGAAGAAACCACCUCCGCGUCCACCACCACCCAAAUUUCCUCAAAAGUACCAGCAAAAACAGGUGCCUACUCGACCCCGCCUUCUGUCAGGACUGUUUACGCGGAAUGCAUCAUCACAUAGUACUCAUUCCCAGCAUAGCAUUUCAGCACAGCAGAAAAAUAUGAAGAAAGAAAGUCAAACAACUGUAGGGGCGACACCACUGAUUGAUUUUCGCUCUCCCUCAUGCUCCCCAACUCCAACUACUCAUUCUAGCAGUGAUGGACUCAGCGUGAACAGCUUUGGAAGUGAUGGCUCUGUAUCAAACAAUGGACACACUCCAUUUGGAGGAAGCUCCUCUCUGUUUGAAAGUGGAUUUGAGGAUGAUUUUGAUUUUUUUGGAGGUCUAACCAGAUCAUCUAGCUUUGGUACUCCUUUAGACAAACAAAAAGAUCCAUGGAGUGUUUCCAAAUCAGAAGAACUGUUUUUGCCUUCAAAGCAGCAGAACUUUUCUGUGAAUAGUGCAUCAGUUCAGAAAGUUGCUGGCAACUCUACAUUUUAUAAACAAAGCAGUGAUAGCUCCUCAAGUGCGGUUCGACACUCCUGUAUUAGUUCGAUGCCGACAAUAAUUCGAGCAAAACCCGGGCGACCACCCGCAUUACCGAAGUUGAAUAAGGCCUCCAGUGACCAGACUUCAGACAUCUCAUGGUUUCCAUUGGAGACCAAAAGUCAAGCCUUUCCUCAUUUGGUGCCUAUCAGAGAUUUUGAUGACGUGGGUAACUGGUCACCGCCGAUGCCCUCCAUUCCACCUCCACCACCACCUCCAGAGGCACUGCAGGAGUUGGAGUCUGAUGGUCCAUCACCACAACUUCCUCCACGACCAGUCCACUUGCAGGUGGAAGAUGUUCAGAAUCCUUAUGGAAUUGCCUUGUACGAUUAUCCUGCCACUCAUCCUGAUGAUCUCGCUUUUCAGGCCAAUGACACCAUCUUCCUUCUGCGUCAAGUAAAUACUGAAUGGUUAUAUGGUCAAGUUGGUCUAAACCAGGGAAUGUUUCCUGCUACCUUUAUUAAAGUAAUAGUUCCUUUACAUGACACCAAAGGCAGCACCACUCAACGAAGUCAACGACCUGCAGCACAAAUUGUAACAGCUUUGUACCCAUUUGCUGCUGAAACUUGGGAUGACCUAGAAUUGCGGGAAGGAUCAUCUGUAUAUGUCAUAAGCAGAAUAAAUAAUGAUUGGUUAUAUGGGGAGAGUGGUGGGAAGUACGGCCAGUUCCCGGCCUCAUUUGCAAGUCACAUUCCAGCAAAUUUGCCUCUACGUACCAACUGAUUAGGAGAAAAUGAUUUGUGAAAUGAAGACAGCUAGAACAGUGGUGCAGGUAUAGUUGUAUAGUAUUAUGUGAAUAUAAAUUCAGUUAUUUUAUUAGUUACAAUAGUUCUGUAUACUAAGCUACAUAUUGUGAUAUUCUGGCUGUUUGUAUGCAAUUUAACUUCCUCACAUAGAAAAUGUUGAUGUCAUUCAUGAAGACAUUGACGCUAAAUGAAGAACGUUUACUUUAUCAAUGUUCUGAUAUCCUGGAUUUUUCAUAUAUCAACUAUUAUUGCAAUUUCUUAUGUUUUUUGACCUGUUGUUUGUUUAUUGCUGUUUAUAGUAAUAUCCGUAGCAGAAUAAGAAAGUAGCUUUUGAUUCUAGAAUGUUUUGCUUUGGUAUGUCUAUGGAGUAUAAAAUUAUGUCUGGUGUAUUCUCAUAAAUGUUAGUUGUUUGCCAUUUACAUUGGAGUGUUUUAUAUAUUUCACAUAAUAGAACGGAUAGCUUUAAAAGUUAGUAUAGUUAUUGUUCUCUUACUUUACUGUACUUAUUGUUCAUUGUCUUAUUUUUCUUCAACUCUCUGAUGAAAAGAAAAAUCAAAUGGAUAAUAGCAGUCCGCACUAUGACUGUCACCGAAGUGCAGUCUUGCAUAAUCAUUGUAGUUAUUACGCAUUUCACUUCUAGUAUUGAAAUAGUACGUGAAACAUUAUCUUGAAAGAAAUACCACUGUGCAAGUCACAUACGUAUAAGUGUGAUACGGUGAUUUCUGAACAUUGUACGUACACAGUCCGGUGUUUUACUGUGGCUGUUUGAAUUGUUUGCCGCAGCAUGUUUUGUCGUAUAUAUGACUACAAAACUACUUUUUUGUUUUCUGCAGUCAUUCAGGGAGCUCUUCUAAAAGGAAGUAAUCUUGACACUUUGCUCUGCCAUUUAAAUUAAAUGCUUAACUUUUUAUGAAACUUGAAGGUUUAUUAAAGGAAAGUAAAGUUGUCCCUCUACAUACCAUUGAGUUGCUUGAGGGGAGAUGAGAUAUAGUUCCUGUUAAUGCUUGAACUUGGCACUAGAGAAGGGUUAGUAUCAUUCCCUGGCCAUACUUUAUGCCCAGUGAAAGGACCCCCGGUACCCAUCGGAUAGAGGGCUGGGUGGGCCUCGGAGCCAGUCUGGAUGCAGAUGCUAGAAAAGAAAUCCUUUGCCCUCGCUGUGGAUUGAACAACCCCAGACACUAUACUGACUGAACUACCCAGCCUCAUUCAAGGUUCAUCACCCUGUUCUAAAAAGCCUGUCAUUGGAUCUUAUCCUGAGCCAGUUGAAUCCAAUCUGUGCCCUUUAUCCUUG